GUAUCUCACACCCACCCACACUUCAACCGCACGCAGUGAUGUGCGUGGAGCAUUUUGUUGUUACAGUACUUGAUGUGUGAGUAUUGUUGACACUGACGGGGUGUUGUCGAUAGAUUUGUGGAUAUCGGAUAUCAAAUGGUUGUCUACAGCCAUCUUACCGGUUAACCAACAAACUGGCAGGCGUUUGGAAAAGUCUUUUUUUUUUUACAUGUUUUGAAUUGCUUCUUUAGUAUAUUCCCCAAAUUUACAUCUAAGCUCUAAUAAAAGUGUGAUUUUUUUGCAAUUUUCUCAAAAUGGAGAACGAUACGUGUCCUAAGAGGAGCGAAAGCGGAGAACAAUUGGCUUGCCCCGGUCUGAUUCUGCCGCUAUUUCCGGGCGAAGAAGAUUGGAACCAGGGGUUUAGGGGGUUUUUGUAUUUGGUGGCGCUGCUAUGGAGUUUCAUGGGAGUGGCUAUCGUUGCUGAUAUUUUCAUGGUUUCAAUCGAAGUUAUUACAAGCAAGACAAAGAAGAUCAAACUCACUAAUCCUAGCGCGCCAGGUGGAAUCGAAGAGGUGGCGAUCCUAGUAUGGAAUGACACCGUGGCGAACCUUACUCUCAUGGCAUUAGGAUCUAGUACUCCUGAAAUUCUUCUAUCUAUCAUUGAGAUUGUUGGGAAUGAAUUCUUCGCCGGAGAACUUGGACCAAGUACGAUCGUAGGUUCUGCGGCUUUCAACCUGUUUGUCAUAACAGCUGUUUGUAUAGUUUCAAUUCCAAAAGGACAAACAAAACGGAUUCGAACUAUAAAAGUAUUUAUGGUGACUACAUCCUUUUCAAUCUUUGCAUACAUCUGGCUUUUCCUUGUCGUUUCUGUGAUUUCUGAGGGUGUGGUACAACUAUGGGAGGCCAUUGUCACAUUCAUGUGUUUCCCGAUACUCAUUAUUAUUGCAUUUAUCGCAGACAAGGAUUAUUGUGGCGAAAAGAAGGAGACUACAGAGAUUGAGCUCGGAGUUGGAGAAGGUGAGAAAUUCUUUACAGCUGGCCAUGAUGUAGAUCGUGAAGUGGUUCGUGAUUUCAUGAAAGAAGUCGGGAAACAUCCUGAUAUUGACGAAACCAUGAUCGCUAAACUUGUUGCUAUCGAACGUCAGCAACAUCAACAUCAUAGCCGCGGAUGGUAUAGAGUCAACGCCUCUCGAAAUAUGACGGGACGAUCAAAGGUCGAGGAACAAGACCCACAAGCGUUGGAGCUGUAUCACAAGAUAAAGAAUAAGGAGUUGCCCGCUUUAUCUAAGGAAGAUCUGGAAUACGGCACGGAGAAUGCUGUGGUAGAGUUCUCAGCAACUUCCUACUCCGUUAUGGAAAAUGCUGGACGAGUGAAAGUAGGAAUGGUUCGACGCGGAAACACCAAAAACCAAGUUAUGUUCAAGUAUGAGACGUUAGACGGUACGGCAGAGUCUGAGUCGGAUUAUGUUCCCCAGAAGGGCACAUUGGUCUUUGAGCCCGAGGAGACUGAAAAGUUCAUUGAAAUCGAGAUCAUUGAUGACAAUGAGUGGGAACCAGAUGAGACGUUCUUCGUCAAGAUGACCCUGGAGGAAAAACCUAGUGGUAUUGUGCUCGGCAAACACCCAAUUACUGAAGUCACCAUAAUUAAUGAUGAUGAGCCUGGCACAUUGGAGUUUGCUAAGACUAGUUUCCUGGUAACGGAGAACAUCGGAAAUGCAGAGUUGCCCGUCCAGCGUCUGAACGGAUGCGAUGGAAGGAUCGAGGUAACCUGGCGGACAAAAGAUAUUGAAGCAGUCAAUGGUAAAGAUUUUGAAGGCGGCGAAGGUACGCUCGUGUUUGAGCACGGCGAGAGGGAGAAGAGCAUCAAUAUCCCAAUUAUCGAUGACCAAGAAUAUGAGAAAGAUGAAAGUUUUCAAGUGGAGCUGUUCGACCCAACUGGAGGCGCUCAGCUUGGACGAUUGAAAAAAACAGUUGUUACUAUCAUUAACGAUGACGAUUAUAAGACGAUCCUGGACCGUGUGGUAAACAUCACACAUAUCAACAUGGACCGAUUGAAACUUGGCAACUCAUCCUACGGCGACCAGUUUGUAGAUGCUAUGAACGUGAAUGGUGGCGAUGUUGAGAAUGCCACAUUCGGAGACUAUAUCACGCAUCUUCUGACAUUCGGAUGGAAGGUUAUUUUUGCCAUCAUCCCACCUCCAAGUUUUCUGAACUCUGGAGGAUGGAUUACAUUCGUCGUGGCACUUGCCUUCAUCGGUCUUCUCACAGCCAUCAUUGGAGACUUAGCAUCCAUCUUCGGCUGCAUUGUUGGAAUAAAGGACAGCGUGACAGCUAUCACGUUUGUUGCACUUGGAACCAGUUUACCGGAUCUUUUCGCAAGUAAAACUGCUGCCAACAACGAGAAGUAUGCAGAUGCGGCCAUCGGCAACGUCACUGGAAGUAACUCAGUCAACGUAUUUCUUGGUCUUGGGACACCUUGGGUAAUCGCAGCCAUAUACUGGUCCUCAAAGGGUCAAGAUUUCUGUGUACCAGCUGGAUCCCUCGGUGUAAGCGUGGUUGUUUAUACCAUCUGUGCCUUGCUGUGUGUGUCGUUAAUCGCAGCUCGUCGUUUCCUUGAACCGUUUGGCAAGGCUGAGCUUGGAGGUCCAAUGCCAACCCGUUACAUGAGCGGAGCCUUCCUCGUGUUCCUCUGGUUUAUGUACGUUCUUCUAUCCAGUCUGCAGGCCUAUGAAAUCAUUAAUUUAUAGGACGUCGCUAGGCUACAAUCAACAAGGCAACAUACCUGAUGGUCACCAUGCUCAGCUAUUCAACUUGACACAUUCAAUCAGUUCCAAGUUGCCUUAUAAUUAGUUAUGUUCUAAGGUUUCCUAUUUAAAACAAAUAGUGUUUGAUGAAGUUAAGGAGAGGAAAGAAUUCUAGAGCUUUCCAGGAAGUACUGUAUACCCUAUUGCAGAAACUAUGCAGUUAAAAAGUAACAUACAUUGAAGACCAUAUCAUUUAAAUUCCAAUGUUGAAGACCAAUUUUACUCAACAUACCUUGAUAACAAAUUUCUAGGGACCAUUUAAGUAUCAAUAAUUUUCUGUUAAUUUUUAAGAGAGAAAAGUUAUUUUUUGUUAAAUGACUAUUUUUUGUAUGGAUCUAAUUGGACAGUUUAAAAAAAAAAAACCACAAUUUCCUACUCCUUGUUUAACCAGCAACAAUUUCAGUUAUAUUACAUUACUGGUAAUCUACAGAACUAGUAUACGUGCCAGUUGUAUACCAUUAAAUGGUAAAAUAGUCUCGAAUUAGGAACCUACGGGUAAUACAUUCAUUUUGUAGAGAUACAAAGUGAAUUUAUUAUUAUCUAAUUAAUAUUUUUGGUAUUUUAAAAUUAUUUAGCAGAUAAAAUGUUAAUGUUAUAUUUUUAAUUCUAUAGUGGAGCUAAUGAUAGUACCACAUUUUAAUCAACUAUUAUAUAGUUAUUGACUGUUACUGUAUUCAAAUAAUUAUAAGUUCAUUUUGUUCAGCAAGACAGACAACACACAUGGAAAUGAGGUAUAUAAGGAAUAUAAUAAAAUAUUCCUAUUCAUCAAGAACUGUAGUGGCUUUGCUAGUCAUGUGCAACAUGUUUUGAGCUUUGCCGCAUGUAUUAAAGGUACCGGUGGGCUAUGUCACAUGCAUUGAAAUUACAUGUGUCUGACUUUGCCAUAUGCAGUUUAUGUAAAAUGUUGACAUUUGCAAUCUGCAUUGUACAGAGGACAGGUGUCUGGCUUUGCCUAUGCAGUAAGUAAAAAUGUCACAUGCAUUAGAAGUACAGGUGCUUCAGCAUGUGCUCUGUAAAUACAGGUGUCUGGCUGUGCCACAUUCGUUCAAUUCGCACAAGUGUCUAGCUUCAGCAUGUGCUCUGUAAAUACAGGUGUCUGGCUUUUUGAAUUGAAUUGAAUUUAUUCAUUAAUCAGGUAAAACUGGAUCGACAAACAACAUUAAAACAACAAGCAACAAUGCACGCAGUGCAAGUGCAACAAACAACCCUGAUUAAUAGGAUAAUCCAUAUAGUAGCAACUACUUAUUUCCAUAUGGUUCCCAAAGUCCCAUUCGUUAAAUGUACAAGUGUCAUAUAUUAAUUUCAUAUAAUCUUGACCUCUGCCAUGUGCAUUAUAAUUAAAUACAUAUCUGUGAAUAUAUGUGCCAAAUUUUUCUUAGGCAUGAUUCAAUGACAAUUUUUACCUUCGAUUGUAAUUCUACGACGGAAACGUCAUUCUUUCUAUACAAUUUUAAACUUUAGUCUGGUGAUUGUUAUCUGUAAUUUUUUAUUCACUUUCAUAAAAUUUGUAAUUGGGUGCAUUGGAUUGUUACUUUGUUUAAUCACGGGAAUUUAUAAAUGUUAUGCAUUUUUUAUAAUUAUAAGUUUUAUGUCGGUGUUAGAUAUAUGUUAUUGUGCAAUAACCUACAUAUAUGUUUACUAGGAUAGAUCACCCAUUCUUGUACAUUAGUUAGCAAAUUAGGCCUAGAUGUUAAUCAAUAAUAAAAUUAGUAGAUGUCUAAAAUUGAGCUUUAUAAAUCAAAUACAUAC